CUGUCACCGCCACCUCCACUGCUGCAGAGGGUUGAUGAAAAGCUCCAGUAUUAUUUGAAAAUGGACCAAGCUAACAGCGCCAACCCCCCUCCAUACAACUUCCAGGACUAUGGGCAGCAUAAUUAUGCAGGCGUGAGCUAUCAGGUUGGCAAAGGAAACAUCUCGGUGGUGUGUGCUCCUUAUGAUAACACAGUUCAUCCAGAAGCCCAAACAUCUACUGCAGUGGACUUCAGCCCCCCUCCUGACUACUCCUACGGUGAGGAGGACAGCGGCUUCAGCGACGGCAACAUCCGACGAGGAUUCAUUAAGAAAGUCUACCUGACUUUAAUGCUGCAGCUGCUGGUGACUGUGGGCAUCAUCUGUGCUUUUCUUUACAGGUCAGAGCUGAGGGACUGGACGUGGCACAACAGCUGGUUUUCGUACACGAUGAUGGCGGUGGUCCUGGUGCUUGUGGUGGCCUUGUCUUGCUGCGACAACCUGCGCCGUCAAGUCCCUCUCAAUUUCAUCGCCCUGGGCUUGUUUACGGUGGCGGAGGGCCUGAUGCUCGGAUCCGUGGCCGCGCUCUUUGAUGCUGAGGCCGUCCUGUGGGCCAUGCUGGCCACUGCACUGGUGUCCUUGGCCUUAAGUCUGUUUGCCUUCCAGUCAAAGUGGGACUUCACCAUGUUAAAUGGGAGCCUGUGGGUAUUAUUGUGGACCCUUCUUUUAUUCGGUUUGCUAUGUGCAAUCCUCCGCUCACAGUUUGAUUACAUUGCGUAUGCCUGCCUGGGGACCUUGGUGUUUUCUUUGUACCUGGUGUUUGACACUCAGCUGAUCGUGGGUGGGAAACACAGGAAGUACAUCAUGACUCCAGAGGAGUAUGUGUUUGCGGCUCUCAACCUGUAUCUGGACAUUGUGUCCCUAUUUCUGCUUCUGCUUCAGCUCAUUGGCCUCUGUCACUGACACCCCCACAAAACCACCCGAUAGCAGGUAGUACUGAGUCACAGAAAACACCAGAUAGCAGAAAGUAGUGUCACAACGCCCACAUGUACACCAGGCAGUACUGUCAGAGUCCACAUGUACACCAGGCAGUACUGUCAGAGUCCACAUGUACACCAGGCAGUGCUCUUUCACCGAGCGCAGCAGCUAUCCACGCAGCUGCACUGAUGCGGCAGGACUUGAGCAUGCCGUCUGCACCACAACAUGUGACAUAAUUUCAUUUUCAUCUUAAACUGUUACUGAACACACUUUUAUCU